AUGGUGCAUGGGUGGCCUGAUCUUUGGUUCGGAUGGCGAAAUCCGAUCCAAGCACUGAGUUCGAUGAUGUAUCGCCUUAUUGUACCGGAUGUUCGUGGAUUUGGACAAAGCUCGACCCCACAAAGUGUUGAAAGUUAUGGCGCCAAAAAUAUUUGCAACGUUUUAAUUGCUUUACUAGAUGCACUAGAAAUUGCCAAGGCGGUAUUUGUAGGUCAUGACUGGGGUGGCCAUAUGGUUUGGAGAAAUUGUCUUUAUCAUCCGGAUCGAGCUAUCGCAGUAUGCGGCGUUUGUAAUACAUAUGAUCCACCACGGAAGAAAUAUUUGCCAUUAUGGAAACGCCUCUCCACGUCGAGCACUCACUGCGAAAACUUUCGGAAAUGGGUCUUUGAUCGACUAGUGUCCCUGUUAGAUACAUUGAUGGCCGUAGACUCAAAUGUAGACCACCUGAUGUUCACUCAAAGAUCGACGUUGCUAUCCGAAGCGGAGCUUAAUUACUAUAUUGAGCAAUACUCGGCUAGCAAGUUUUUCAGUACAUGCCAGACCUACGCAACGAGCAAAAUUGAGUUUCAGAACGAACAGGGAUUGCCAAGUGUGAUCAAUCAUCCUGCACUAUACAUUGGUGCUGCCAAAGAUGAGGUGCUUAGACCCAAGAUGGCGAAAGGCAUGAAUGCCUAA